AUGUUAUCAAGAACUCUCUUAAGAAACUCGUUUGCUAAAUCUACCACUCGCACUAAGCUUUUUUUAACUGGUGGUAGUAGUGUUAGAAGGUUACAAUCUCAUUAUGCAUCAGUUACAAAGUUGAAAAACACUGAAGAGUUUACCAAGAUAAUGAAUUCAAACCAAUUAUCUGUCUUUGAUUUCUAUGCCACUUGGUGUGGUCCGUGUAAAGCUAUGAUCCCACAUAUCUCUCAAGCUGUGGAAGAAAAUCCAGAUAUUAAAUUCUAUAAGAUUGAUGUUGAUGAAUCACCAGAGAUUGCUAAAUUAUGUGAGGUUGUCGCUAUGCCCACUUUUGUUUUUACUAAAGAUGGGAAGAUACUUGAUAAAAUCGUUGGUGCUAAUCCACACAGUUUACAUACAAAUAUUGCAGUUUUAAAGGAAAAGGAAAUGAAAUGA